UUCAGUCAAACAUGACGUUAGCGAAAAGAACUGUAGAGCUUUUUUACGAUGUUAUUUCACCAUAUUCUUGGAUCGCGUUUGAGGUGCUUUGUCGGUAUAGACCCAAAUGGAAUUUAGACUUGCAAUUCCGUCCUUUUUUUCUGGGAGGAAUAAUGGCAGGCUCAGGUAACAGACCUCCAGCAAUGGUUCCAGCUAAAGGUGUUUACAUGAUUAAAGAUAUUCAAAGAAUGCAGGAGUAUUAUGGAAUCCCUAUUAUUCCACCUUCUGAUCCAGCCAAUGUGAUGUUUACCAAAGGUUCUCUACCUACCAUGCGACUUCUGACAGCAGCGUGGAAAUACCACCCUGACAAACUUGAACAACUUAGUCGUGAGUUCUGGAUGAGAGCUUGGUCCAGGGAUGAAGACAUUGUAGAACCUCAAAGUUUACAGGAGGUGUGCACAAAAGUUGGAUUAAGUGCAGAUGAAACUCAGGCUCUCAUUAGUAAGACUAAAGACCAGGAAAUCAAGGAUACUUUGAAGGAGACCACACAGAAGGCUCUUGAUUUAGGGGCCUUUGGAGCUCCGCUAAUUGUCGCCCAUGUCAAUGAUGAGCCUCACACGUUUUUUGGCUCUGACAGAUUUCUCCUGAUUGCCCACUUGCUAGGAGUGGAAUGGGAAGGUCCAUUGAGGUCUCAAAACUCGAAACUUUAACAUUAGUCUCAAACUGUAACUGAACCAACCGGGAAUGUUUUACAACCUGGACUCACUGUUCGAUCUUUAAUACCAAAACGAUCUAAGAAGUCCCGAUGAAGUAAAACCGUUUUCAAGCUUCCAGGAAAAUGAAAACAACCUUAAACUCUCUAUAAUGAUAAUGCAAUGUACACACACAUGGUAGACUUUCUGAAGCUUCUGAACCGCCAAUAGAUCCAACAGCCAAAUAUGAUUGAACAAACCUUUGAGAUAUUCUGUAUGUUACUUAUUUCUCACUUAAACUCUUUCCUUACUGAUAUCUCGAUGAAAAGUCUCCUUACUUUUGCAAUACAUUUCUUUCAAAGUUUGUUUUAAGAAUUUGGUGUUGGAUCAAAUGAUAAUACCCUCGUUCUUAUUUUUCUUUAUUCUCAUCACUUGUCUACUUGCUAUUGUAUUAAUAUUGUAAGGAGGAAUUCUCGUUUGGUCACUUAUUGGAGUAAAAAAGUUAAACAAGCAUUACGGUUGUUGUAGAAGCCGUAAGUUCCAAAUAAAACACUUUGAAUUAAAAAUAAACU